AUGGCGGAAAGGACAACAAAGGGAAUGUUUCGCUGGCAGAGACCUGACGACCUGCCUCCGGGCGAGCCUAGCGAGGAUGCCAUAUGGGCGGCUAUCGACAGGCAUGACCCUCAGGACAGUGCUGAUAUUCGUGACAGAUUAGAGCAGCAUCAGGACAUGUUGCAGGGGCGGGACAUCUUCCACAAUUUCUUUGCUCGUUCCCCCUUACUUCCAGAGCUUCCUGAGGACUUCCUUGCUUCUGAGAACCCAGAUAGGUGGGUCACCAGUCUCAGGUUACAGUACGGGGAGUACCACCCAUUAGAGAGUUCCGUGGCACAGGUUGGCUGUGGCACCUGCGACAUUUUAGUGCCAGCAGCAGAUACGCUUGAGCCGGUUGGGCAGUCGAGUUUGUUGAGCCACCGUCAGCUGCAGUCAUCACCCCCUCUAGAGUGGCCUAGGGACUCAGUAGUUGGACAGAUUCAGAGCCCGGUCAGCGGCUAUGUUUGUUGGGCUCGUUACGUACUUCAGGUGCACAUGGAGACUCUUCGAGCAGCGGGGAUCUACGAGGCAGUGUAUGCCUCACUUUUUGACUACGGGCGCCUUCCCACUUCUUGGGCUCGUGGUUUAGUUGAGUUUUGGGAUGCCAGUCGUAGCACCUGCUGGGUCGGAGCAGAGGAGAUCACAGUCACCCUUUCAGACUUGCAGGCAGUGUCUGGGUUGCCAGUCUUUGGGCACAAUUUUGAGGAGUGUGUUCCCCCUGAUGAACAGUUGUUCCACCGGAUUCCCUCGAUGGAUGGUGACAGGAGAGGCAGGCUGUUACUACCAGAUGUUUACCCCAGGCUUCUACAGCACUACCGUCAGACUUAUAGAUCAGCACGGGGUUUGCCGAUGCGUUCUCGAGUCACCAUGCCUGUAGGCGUCUGGGUUCGUAGUUUUCUACAAGAGGAGUACUUGUCUUCCGUUACUGUGUCAGUACAUGACCCGUUUGGUUGCGGCCUGCAACGCGGGACUCCACUGUCUGAGGAGACCGCCGAGCCUUCUUCUUCAGCCGGUUACACUUCUCUUGGACUAGCAGAUGUUGACGAGCAGCUUCUACUAGCAGGAUUUUUGGCACUUUGGCUUAGCACUUUUGUACUUCAACUCAGGACGGGGUCUCUGAGGUGCAGUGUUCUCUUAGCAGCCAGUCAGCUAUCGGUGGGACAGAGACUUGCUUUAGCUCCUGCUGUCCUUGCCAGAGUAUACAGGGUCUUACGGACCAUUUCUGAGUCAGACUCCUUGACUGUACGAGAUUCGAUUUUACCAUGGCAGUACCUGUACGCGUGGGUCCACUUACAUGUUCGAGGUGCUUUUUCCUGUUUAGAGACUCCUGACUAUUUUUUUCAGAGGGGAUACCCUACAGUUCUUCAGUUGUCUCAGGCAUCCUCUACCUUUGAGUCAGAGAGGAUUCGUCUAUUCUUCUUUGCCCCACAGUUGGUUACAGACAGAUUUGCUUUAGUUCACCAGCCAGAUUCUAUUAGUUUACCACCACACCAGAGGGGUACAGUUGUGGUGGAUGGGGUUGACCAUAGAGGCAGACGUACUUUACUACAGAGGAGAUAUGGUUUUUUAGUUGCUGAGUACUUUAUCAGCAUGCGUCCAGGCUGGUUGUGCUACAGGGCAGGCACUUUAGUGACUUUGGAGGGCUACCAACCCAACAGGGUCGCUAGGCAGUUUGGACUCUCCCAGGCCACAGCUUACAAUGGACGACCACUCAUCCCUGGGGUUUCAGAUACACAGCGCAUGGAUACAGUCCCACUAGAGACCCGCCUCUACGCAGCAGCUGUCACUUGGUUACACUUACUAAGGCUGGGUACGGGCUCCAGCUUUCUUUUGGCUCAGCUGUCUGCUCCUACAGGCAUGAGCUACACACGACUGUGCUGGGUACGACAGUCUUUUGGGCCUGCUUUGGAGCAUGGCGCGAGGAGGUACGAGCGCCGAGUACGAGAGCUUGGGUCGUCGAGGGGACGUAGGUCCGGUCGUGGUUUUUCAGAUGUUACUUUUGAGAGAGGGACAGAUACUGAGGUCCAUACUACUGCUAGGGUCGUAGUCCCUUCUCCGGCGAGAGCUCCAGAUGUGGCACCUGAGCCACCUCAUGUCGAGACUGUCAGGCCUUCGCACAGCCGUGCCGGCUCCCAGCGCACUUCCUCUUCUAGGAUGUCUGUGGAUGUUCACACUUUACUUGGGGACCUCGGCGAGAGCUCACAGAGACCGAGGAGAUCAGACUUUACCGGCUACAGUACGCUGGACCCUCCGGACGACUUCUCUUUUCCGGUGUACCCUUACGGGUCUUUUUGUCCUGGGGAGUCUUCAAGGACCGGUGCAGGCUUCUUUCCUGAGUUUUCUGAGGCACCGUCGUACACACCAGCGGCCUUAGACUUGGUACAUGCGGAGUUUUCUUUCUUUUCUGAGUGCCCCCAGACUGACACUGCGGGCCCCUCUUCUGUUCCUGCUGGCCACUCUGCUGACUCUGCGAGCCCCUCAACAGUGCCUGAGGGGACUGACUAUACCUCAGAGAUUCUUUGUUAUGCCCCUCUACCCCCGGAUUCAAGGAGUGUUGUUAGGUGUAACAACACCAUAGGGCUUUUGAGAGAUCUGAUUUACAGUAUUGAUCCAAAAUCUCCGGAGUCUUGGAUCGAGUUUGUUCCUUCUGCUGACCGACUUCUCGGGUUACUUGCCAGUUUUGGGGUGAGCGAUACCGAGUUACUUUUCUGGGAGUCGAUGUGCCGUGAGGCGGAGUCUUACAUCUGGAGAUUGAGAUCCCUUUCUGUCUUGCGGACCAGAGCUACACUUCCAGAGCUGGAGGGGAGAGUUGCUAUACGACGGAGGCUGGCUGAUGACAUACACGACAGGUUUGACAGUAGUGCUGUGGCCUUGAGGAGGCAUCGUCAAAGCUCUUUCAGCAUGACCCAGGAGUUUGACAGACUGACGACUCGCUUGCAAAACAUUUGGAGAGACGCUAAACAAGUGAUGUCACAGAGGCUUCACUUAAGGGAGGGGCGCAACCGGCGCGACCGCCUCACUAGGAGGGAGGAGCAGCGCCACCAGGCUUUGCACCAGGAGAUGGUGGCAGCUGACUCUUCACUGACACGGGCUGUGGAGGAGCUUCAGACUGCUCAGUUAGAGUUCCAGAUUUUGGCUGAGGUUACUGAAAAGAUAGAGAGUUUACAGGCUCGCAUCUCCUGACUUGUGCUUGUCUUUUGUUUUUUCCUGAGAAUUGUACCUUGUGGUGUCUGUACUCCUUUAGUGUUUCGAGUCUCAGUGUACUUGUACUUCAUGAUGAUUAUAAUAUAUAUGGAGGACUUUUCCUUUUCAAUUUUUUUUUGUA